AUGGCCACUACUGCUCUCCCGCGGCAUUUCACCAUCUUCUCAUCGUAUCGCUUUCGCAGCGGUAAUGCUUCAACUGUAGCUUUCUUAACCUGUUUUGCACGUGAUUUUAGAGCGGCGUCCCUUGAGCGAGAAGUGCACGAUGCUUUAAUGCUAGUUAAGAGACUAGGACCCGGUGUUCGAGAGGGAAAGCGGAGGCAAUUAUAUUGGAAACUGCUGCUGGAGGUAAAACAGGAAUUAAUGGAUGCUUUGAUUCUUGCAACAAAAGAUGGUGACUGGAGUAGGCUCCACGCUGUGUCUGGUCUUGAGACAAGGAUUGGGGAUGAAGACAAGAAUCUGAAGAAACUGAAUAUGAAGAGAAAAAGGAGGAACUUCGUAGGCUUGUUCGAAGUGUUCAUGAAGUUCAAGAACGCGAUAAUGUCAAUGAGGAGAAUGAGCAAGAAGUAGAAGCUGCAAUAAUGGCUGCCAAAAAUCUCCCCCACCCACUUCCUUCGAGCCCUCGAUAAGCAAUAUGCCUACUGAAUCUACUCAUAUUUGUCGGUAUCAUUAUCAAUUUUCUUUGAAAUAAUUUAAUACGUAUUAUAAAUGUCUUUCAUGGAUCAUUACCGUAAAGAAGCUUGAUAUUAGCAGUUU